AUGCCAUUAGGAACUAUUACUAAGGAAGAAGCGGCCAAAUUACCUUGGAUUUGUAUGGGGUUUAAUAUGGAUAUUGAACACUCGCCUUUUCAAGAAAGACAAGUCGGCGAUAAAACCGAACCAAUUAAAGGUUAUGAGCGAUUAGUUAAAAACACUGAAUCAGCCAAAGAAGGAGGAGAAGAGACCAAAUUAUUAAUUACUGGAAAACAAGAAGAGGAUGUAAGAAAAAUUAACGAAAAAUUUAUCAACCGCAAAACUCCUGCCAACAAUGUCAAAACCCUCGCUCAAUUAGUCGGUAAACUAAAAGGAACUGUGGUUCGCCUAGGUCCCGACGCCCUAGAACUAAUAACCGAACUAACUCCCGACCAAAAAGAACCAGUCAAAAACGAAACUCCCGAAACCAAAAAAAACACCGAUGAUAAUGUUAAACCUAAUGACCUCAAUGAUUUAGGAAUAACCCCCGAGGAAUAUGAAGCCCUAAAAACGGCUUAUACUGACCCCGCCAUGAUUGCUAACAUUCUCAAAAAAUUAGCCUCUCAUAAUCCGACCAAAAUGGCGGAGAUGUUAGAUAAAAUGUUCGAUACCAUUCACGAAAAAAGUGCCGAAGCCAUGUAUAACCAAAUGGUCGACCAUAACCCAGUUUUUACCGAGCAAGAAAAGGAAGAAUUAAAGAAGGUCUACAAGGAAGCCAAAACCAAGGAGCAAAAAAAGAAACUGUGGGAGGAAAUAACCUCUAAUCGAGAGGCAGAAAAAGCCCGCCAAAAACGAGAAAAAGAGGCCAAAGAAAACGAACAAAAACCAUCCGAACAACGCCAACCUGACCCAAGAGAUAAAAUUGUGGAAGAAUGA